CAUUUCCGUUUUCAUUUCCCGAGAAGUUUGAAUAUGGCCGAAGUCGCUGCUGAAGUGAAGUUGUUCAACAAGUGGACCUACGAUGACAUCAAGGUCAACGACGUGGCCUUGAUCGACUACGUCGCCGUGACUGGCAAGGCCGCCACGUUCUUGCCCCACACCGCGCAACGCUACCAAAAGAAGCGUUUCCGCAAGGCGUUGUGCCCCAUCGUCGAACGCUUGGGCAACUCGCUCAUGCGCCACGGCCGCAACUCCGGCAAGAAGCUCAUGGCUACCCGCAUCUUGCGCCACACGUUGGAAAUCAUCCACUUGUUGACCGACCAAAACCCCCUCCAAGUGUUGGUCGAUGCCGUGAUCAACGCCGGCCCCCGCGAAGACUCGACCCGCGUCGGUUCCGCCGGUGUCGUGCGUCGCCAAGGUGUGGAUGUCUCCCCUUUCCGCCGCGUGAACCAAGCCUUGUACUUGUUGAGCACUGGUGCCCGCGAAGCCGCCUUCCGCAACGUCAAGACCAUUGCCGAAUGCUUGGCCGAUGAAUUGAUCAACGCCGCCAAGGGUUCUUCCAACUCGUACGCGAUCAAGAAGAAGGACGAAGUGGAACGUGUUGCCAAGGCCAACAGAUAAACAACGCGAUUGUCUAAGGGGCGACAUGCCAGCUUUUGCUGCUGUCGUGUUGCGAAUAAGGGAAAUGAAAACACCCAGACGAGUUUUGUGUAUUAACUUGCUAAUACAUACGAGUUCGACAACCGCA